UAAUUUGAUUCAAAUCGGAAGUUUCAGGGUGAUAACAUAAAUUUAAAAAGUAUUUAUCUUUCUGGUCAAUCAAAGCUAAAAUUGAGGUCUAGAGGACGGUAAUCGGUCUCUUACGGUGGCUUGGCGACACGGAACAGAGAAUUAAUCAUCGAGAAAAAAGCCGGCGAGCUUGUAACCGGAAUUCAUGGCGAUGCAAGCCGGUGUUCAGACCUCUAAGGUCCUUAUCCUACUCGGCGCAGGUGUAUCUGGUUCGAUCGUAUUGAGACAUGGGAGGUUGUCCGACCUAAUAGCCCAGCUUCAAGAGUUACUCAAAGGGGCUGAAGGAGUUGAAAGCACUCCAUUUAAGUAUGAUGGUGCACUCCUAGCUGCUCAGAUUCGACAGCUUGCAAACGAGAUCAAAGAACUAACUAUGACCAAUCCAGUUACCAUCUUUAAUGGAGAUUCAAACUCCAAUGGCUAUGCAUCUUACCUGGUUCCUGCGGCUGCCGUUGGAGCUAUGGGGUACUGCUACAUGUGGUGGAAGGGCUGGUCAUUUUCGGAUGCAAUGUUUGUGACAAAGAAAAAUAUGGCUGAUGCGGUUGCCUCUGUUUCGAAACAACUAGACGAUUUGUCAGACACAUUAGCGUCAACAAGAAAACAUCUUUCUAAUAAGCUAGCGACCUUGGAUUGGAAGGUGGAAGAGCAGAACGAGACAUCUAAAAUGAUCUUAAGUGAUGUAACUGAGAUGAGGUCAAGCAUUUCGCAAAUUGGGUUUGAUUUUAAGAAACUAAAUGAAAUGAUUUCUGGAAUAGAAGGGAAGAUUGGAAGUCUUGAAAGCAAACAAGAUGUGACCCUCUCAGGACUAUGGCAUCUAUGUCAAGUUGCAGGCGUUAAAGAUAGCACAAGCACUAAAGUAUUUCAGGAUGUUGGUGCGAGAUUACCUAUCGAUGGAAAACCAUAUACUAAUAAUUCUCUCUCGGGUCUGCGGUUUCUGACGGAAGGCAAAGAGGAUGCAAACGUAAUACACAAGCCGGUUUUGGCGAAAGAAAUAGCGGUGGUGGAGGAAAAAACAAAAGCCGCAACCGUGACAAGAAGCAGAGUUCAUAGAGCGUUUCCGGGUGGAAUAUCUUGGGUACGGGAUGUUUCAGGACUAUCCUAAUAUUAUUUUGGUUGAUAUACGAAGAAUUUGCUUGUAUUCGUCCCAAAUUCUGAUACUGGGACUGGCAAUUAUUUUUUGAUGUAAAAAAGAAGAAAAGAAAAACUACAUAUGUUAUUGCAUCCACCAACAAUUUGGUUUGCCCCUAAUUAUUUGGUCUCCUCUUGAUGUUUGUAAAGAAAGAGUGUGAAUAAGGCUUUCAUGUAUGCCGUGGUCUUCACUGAUUUGGACAUUUGUGCUCCUUUUUCCU